AUGCAGAGAAAAAACCUCACAGAAGUGACAGAGUUCAUUUUCCUAGGAUUCUCCAGAUUCCAUGAACACCAGAUCACCCUCUUUGCAGUUUUUCUCAUCCUGUAUACAUUAACCCCGGCUGGCAAUGCCAUCAUCGUGACCAUUAUCCACAUUGAUUGUCACCUCCACAUGCCCAUAUACUUCUUCCUGAGCAUCCUGGCCAGUUCAGAGACUGUGUACACAUUGGUCACCAUUCCACGGAUGCUCUCCGGCCUCAUAGCCCAGGACCAGCCAAUCUCCUUGGCAGGCUGUACCACUCAAGUGUUCUUCUUUGUUACCUUAGCCAUCAACAACUGCUUUCUGCUCACAGUGAUGGGAUAUGACCACCAUGUGGCCAUCUGCAACCCCCUGAGAUAUACACUCAUCAUGAGCAAGAGGGUGUGUGUCCAGCUGAUGUGUGGAGCCUUCAGCACUGGCCUGGCCAUGGCAGCUGUCCAGGUGACAUCCAUAUUUACCUUAUCAUUUUGUCACAGAGUGGUUGGUCAUUUCUUCUGUGACAUCCUCCCUGUCAUAAAACUCUCCCGCAUUGAUACCACUGUCAAUGAGAUCAUCAAUUUUGUUGUCAGUUUAUCAGUGAUCCUGGUUCCCAUGGGCCUGGUCUUCAUCUCCUACGUUCUUAUCAUCUCCACCAUCCUCAAUACCGCCUCAGACGAGGACCAGAAGAAGGCCUUUGCCAUAUGUGCCUCCCACCUCACCAUGGUCAUGGUCCACUACAGCUGUGCCUCCACUGACUACCUCAAGCCUAAGUCAGAAAAUUCUGUAGAACAAGACCUCCUUCUCUCAGUGACCUACACCAUCAUCACUCCCCUUCUGAACUGUGUUGUUUAUAGUCUGAGGAACAAGAAGGUCAAGGAUUCCCUAUGCAGAGCUGUGGGCAGAAACAUUUCUUAA